AUGUAUAUGCUAGCUAAUGCAACGUAUCAUUUAAAAGUGCGACAAUUUAACCCAGUGCCUUACUACGAGGAUUCACAGUUUGUUUUCGGUGCAACAGGUGCUGAGUCUGCGAAUACCACGUCUGCAGAGGCAUCGUCAUCUGCUGCUGAAGGUGGCUGCAGUACACCACCAAUGGAAUACACUCCCGAACUUGAGACUUCGCAGCUUCCGUACUUCGCCAUAGAUCCUACACUCCUUGACGAUGCUCAUGAUCCUACGUCGAAGAAGCGCAAGCUUGAUUCACUUCACUCUGAGCAGGAGGACCAUGAUGUGAACAUGCCCACAUUGACGGGUACUCAUGGACGUGCGGGGCACCCUCCAACUCGACGUUUUCAGUCCCCAUUCCUUCCAGCAUCCAAGAAGAUUUGUCCAUCGAAUCAAAAGACUUCAAAGUAUGUGCGACCUUGGUUACAGCGUCAAUUUUUUACUAAAUCUGAUCGGAUUUUUGAGGAUUCAAUUCCCUCAAAAUUAAAAGUCCCUGCUGAAAUUGCUACACCACCAUUAGUUCGUCCCUCUGUACCGUCGUCAAUCUGUUCUACUGCACCAUCGUCAAUUCGUUCCUCUGCACCAUCAUCAAUUCGUUCCUCUGCACCAUUGUCAAUCCGUCCAACUGCACCAUUGUCAAUUCGUCCAACUGUACCUCCACGAUCCAAUCUUCCAGAACGUCCCUCGACUGCAGUACCACGGUCGAUGCAUCCUCCUCAACCUAAUCCACAGCCCUCUCGCAGUUCCAUCGCAUCUAAGAAACAGGUCGUUCUUGAGCCCCAAGCUUCUUUGACUCCCACUCGCUCGUUUCUUGUCCAUAAGCCCAAUGUUAACCGGCCACGUCCAAAACCAAAACCAGUCGGCAACGCCAUGCAGCCACUCGCGUUCUCAAAGAACACAAUCGCGUUAUCAAGUCACUCCAAGUUGCCACAAGCGAGAAACAUCCCUCCCAUCCCACAAGAUGAUAGCGACGAUGCACAACUUGACUCUGGACUCCUAACACACAAGUCCAUUGGAGGAAGCAGCAAAAAUAAAGUAUCAGCUCACUCUCGCUCCCAGUUGGAAUCCGGCCGACAGCAUAGCAUGCUUCAGAACAUGCAAGGCGAAAUACUCCAGCUCCGCAAAGAACAGUCUUGA